AAACGGAAAGCCGCCAUGAUGGCUUUCUGUGAAGUACGGAUAAUUUGCGAAGUUUCGAUAUUGUUUUUCACUAAUUGUGACUGAGUGUGUGCAAAAAUUAAUCAUGGGAACGAACUAGAGUGUGUAAAGUGCAGUUUUUUGUCCUUUAGGACCUCCUGGAGGAGCAUAUAAGUGUUUUUUAAGUGCAUUUUUGUGUCGACGCUAGCGUGUUUUGUUCUGUCAACAAAAUGUCGAAGCUCUCGUUUAGGGCGAGGGCCCUGGAUGCGUCGAAACCAAUGCCGAUAUAUAUCGCCGAGGAGCUUCCGGAUUUACCAGACUACUCGGCGAUUAAUCGUGCUGUACCUCAAAUGCCUUCUGGUAUGGAAAAAGAGGAAGAAAGUGAGCACCACCUGCAGCGCGCGAUCUCCGGCAGCGGGCUCAUCAUCCCCACGCCCGAGGUGGCCCGCGCCGACGUCAUGUUCUACGAGCGAUGCUACCCGCCCGACUACAAGAUGCCCAAGCAACAUAUACACAUGCAACCGCUAUGGGAGGAGCAAGAGACGCCGGAGUACGACAUGGACUCGGAAGAUGAACGGUGGCUCAAGCAACAGCGGCUCCCCGAGCUGACAGAGCUGAAGUUCGAGCAGAUGAUGGACAAGCUUGAGAAGAGCUCUGGCCAAACGGUUGUGACGUUGAACGAGGCGAAACUCUUGUUGGAAAGACAGGAUGACCUCAUCAUUGCGGUGUACGACUAUUGGCUCAAUAAGAGGCUCACGACGCAACACCCACUCGUGCUGUCUGUCAAAACGGAAAGCAGGCCGGGUCAGUCGGCAAACAACCCGUACUUAGCGUUCCGGAGACGCACCGAGAAGAUGCAGACGCGGAAGAAUAGGAAAAACGAUGAGAGCUCGUACGAGAAAAUGCUGAAGCUGCGGCGGGAACUGGCGAGUGCACUGAGCCUUUUGGAGAUGGUGUCGCGGCGAGAGAAGGUGAAGAGAGAGAUGGUGAGACUGACGGCACUGCUGGCUGAACGCCGGUACGCCGCUGGAGACUUCACCACCACGCUGCCGGAGCCUGCACGAACACCGCUGAGCGCCGUCGCGAUCUCGUCAAACAGCUUCCGUCGCGAGUACAACACGGUGCAGCAGCACUUCACGUUGCGACCACCUUCCACCACGCUCGACCAGCCCAGACAGCGCGAAAAGAGGCCCUACAAGAGACGGAAACAUAGACAUCAUACGCCCAGCUCCGUGCAGGAGACGAGAGAAUGCACAUCAUCGGAAGAGGAGUGUGUAUCACCGGUGGAAGACGGACCGUUUGCGUUUAGGCGGAAACCGGGAUGCUUCUAUGAAAUGCCAACAUCCACCUUGUGCGGAGACCCCGUGGAGCCGGCCUCACCUUCCAAGGAGGGGCUUUUCCAGCACGAGCUUGACGAGAGGACUAGGUUCACACUGACGUCCAUCCGUCAACCGUACCCGCAGUACGUGGGCUUCGCGCGGCGCCGCGUGGGUCGGGGAGGUAGAGUCAUAUUGGACCGGGUGAAAACACCGCUGGACCCGCUAUGGCCCAUCCUCCCCUUGCCGCAGAAACCAGUCGAUGAGGAGGACCUUGAAAGCCAACGUCUCAGAACACCCAAAGUGAUAUCCAGAGAUUACCACACAUCUGGAAAACAUCCCUGGAGACAUGCCUUCAGACAACAUCUCUCGAAAGAUCCCCACCUUUGGAUAGAUGGCGACAAGGACACACCAGACAGUGCUGAAUUCAACCUUGACAUUGGCAAUGUCAAACUAAACAGUAGUGAUGUCAAAAUGGACAUUAGUGAUAUCAAAAUGGAAAUUAGUGAUGUCAAAAUGGACAUUAGUGAUGUCAAAAUGGAAAUUAGUGACAUUAAAAUAGGAACUAGUGAAGUGAAACUCAAUGAUAUUAAAGUGGAACCCAUAGAUAUUGACAUGGGCGAGUGUACAGUGAAUAGUGAAAAUUGUGUUGAGGAAGUAGAGAGUAAUGCCUAUAGUGAAGUGAAUAGUGAGAGAACAAUAGAUAAUGUAGUGUGGGGGAAUUUGAGACAAGCUGUGCGGAAAAGGGCUUUGAGUUCGAGCAGUGACUGUGAUUCGGACGAAAGCCUGCUUCCUGUGGAGAGGGAGUUUCAGAGUUUUGUUAAAGAGGUGCAGGAGAAAUGGUUACAUUUUCGACCAAAAACACCCCCACCGACAUCCCCAAACGAAAGUAGGCCAGAAGAUUUGUUUCAAAUAUCUCUGGACACACCAUUGUCAGUAGAAAUAAUACAAGAGCCUCCAUCUGGAAGCCUAGACACCUUUACAACAUCAGAGUUCACAUUGGGAGAUCUAUAUGGUGACAUCAACCCUGAAGCAGAUAAUGGAAGCUUAGAAAAUAGCAACGAAGACUUGUUCAGUGAGAAUUUCACCGGUCUGACCGAAGCUCAAGUGGAAAGUAUUCUAUCUGAGACAGAUCUCAAAGCGUUGGACGAAGAUUUGAGUAAAGACGACAAGAAAGUGACAGAUGAUCUCCUCGAAGAACUAGUGAAAGAUGUGGAUGGAAAGUCUUUUUUAUUGCAAGGCCAGAGUUUGGAUUGGCGGGCUGGCUCUGGCCCAAAACGGAAGAGGGAUGUGUUUGGCUCAAGCAACGUGCAAGUCAAAGGUUUGGCUAAGGAGCCUAUUUAUAUUGAGACAGUGCCGCCAAAGGUGAAAGUGGAGCCGGUGUCGACGUCGAAGGUGAUCGAGCAGGUGGUCGAGAGCAAGCCGGAGCGCAAGGUGGCGGAGGCCCCGCCCCCCGUGAACACGCCGACCAAGUCGCCAGUGAAACGGCACGCGGCGCGGCGCCCGGCAGACCCCGUGGCUAGCGUCGCCCCGCCCCCGCCUGAAGCGCCCUCGCACAUCGUCACCGUCGCAGUCUCCGAUAGUCUCAAGGUGCGGUUGGGCAACCAGAGCGGUGCUGUGGUCAGCAGCCAGGGCGCCGUGGUCGGUCUACUUCAAAACGGGCCGUUCGCCGUCACUCUGCCCGUCCACUCACAGAACGCUCACGUCGCGCCCCGGGAUAUCGCUUCCAGUGGCGUGGCGAGCGUGGCGAGCGUGGUGACGGCGGUGAGCGCGGGCAAGGCCGCGGGCCGCCGCCUGGCCGCGCCGCUCGUGCAGCUGGCGCCCGCCGGCCUGCACAAGCCGCUGCAGCUGCACCACCCGUCCGUGGUCGUCAACCCCGUGCACCACGUGACCCCCAGCAAGCUGAAGGUGCUGCACGCCCACCCGCUCACGCACACGCAGCGCGCCCAGCUGCUCGCCCAGAACCGCCAGCUGGCCCAGAUCCCGGCCGCCGUGGUCUCGCUCGCCACCAUCGGGGACGCCAAGCCGCCCGCGGCCCUGUUGAAGGCGGCGCCCGGCUCCGUCGCGCAGUUCUUCGAGAUCAAAAGUGGUCAACUAUCGAAAGGACCCCACUUGGUGAAUGUGCUGAGACAGCCGCAGCCGCAAGUCAAAAGCGGCGUGGCGCGCGUGGAUUUCAAUGACGCGAAGAAGCGUCACGUGGUAUUCGACGGAACGCUGAAAGGCAACAUGGCGGCGGCGACGCGUCCGCACAGAAUCAGUCUGGACGGGCGGCAGAUAGUGCGCGCGACGUUGCCGGUCCGGCCGCCCAUCCGGCAUCAGAUACAAUUGAAGAACCACCGACUUCAGGUCGCGACGCCCAUCCGGGCGACGUCCGAACCCUCCACGUCGAUAGCGAUCGCGCCGACGAAAACAGCCUCUAUCCCCAGCGCGGUAGUGGCCAAUUUGCUGCAGAAGAACGUGCUGCCGAAGGGGCAGAAGAUCGCGAUAUCGGGACCGGGCGGGCAGGCGCUCUCUGCUAACGUCCAAGCAAUCGCAUUCACCACGGCGCAGCUAAAGGCGAGGCAGGGCCGCCUGAUAGCGCAGCCUAGACCCACACCAGUAUCUGAAAUGGUCGAAGCGUCCACCGCGCCUGUUGCGACCUCUUCCAACGCUGCCAACAUAACAGCCGACACGUCCUUGACCACUGAGAGCGGGGACGCGCCCACGAAUGGCACGGUUCGGCGGCGGCCCACAGAUAACCUACCUAUGGAGGUCACGUGACAAACAUGUGACAAAAAAAGUGACAGAGUGGUCAAAAGUGUCAGUGUUCACCAUCAAUGUGACCAAAUUGUGUGUCAAGAUGGUCAGAGCGACCCAAUUGUAUUGUGGCAAAGUGGUGAGAGUUUUUGCAAGCCGAUUGAAAAAUGUCUCUCGAGGGCGACGAAUAGCGUGAAAUCUAUGUUUAAUGGUAACACUUCUUCUUCUGUAUUGACUGGUGAUACCAGGACAAAGCCGGUGGUUGAUAAUUCUAUUGGUAAAUAUUCACUGUAUAAAAUAGUCUGUUUAGAUGGCAAAGUUUUAGUCUGCAAGAAUUUAAUGGAUCUGGGACUUGUUAACUCAAGAAAUAAUACUUGCACUGUUAAUCAACAUAAUGUUAAUAACGAAGCCAAAACCUCUUAUUAUGAUAAAAAUACUAAUCAAAAUAAUCUUAACUCUAAAAUAAUAAAAAAGUGUAGUAAAGCUAGACCUAAAAUGUCAUGUAAAGAUGGCAUUAUGAAAAGUUGUAAAAAGUUUAAAAAUAUAGGUGGUGACAGCAAAAAUGGAGAAAAAAAGAUACAAGUAGCUGCCAAUCACAAUUUGAAUAUAAAUGUAAAGGCUGAUGAUAACACUGACAAGACUGCAAACAUGCCCGCAUUGGAUACCAAUAUGAUUACCAACAACAUGGUAAUGGACAAGCCAAUUCCAACAAAUGUUGCUUCAACAAACACUAAUUUGGACAACAUUAAUGUGACAUUUACAGUUAAGGAUGCAGAAAUUGAUCCAACUGAUGAUAAAACAAAUAGUAAGAUAACCAUAAUAACAAUAGUGCAGACAAAUCACCCUUACCAGUUCUAGCGUUUUAAAUAAAACAUAUAAUAUUAUAUACGAAAGCAAUUAAUAGUUCAACUUGCUAUUUAGAUGAGCACAAAAAUAUACAGUACUAUGUGACGUCUGUUUGUUUAACAUGUACAGUUGAAUCAGUUUGUGCAGACUAUUUAUCAGAAUGAUUCAUUAAGUGUUAAUGCACGCUUCGUAAAAGUUAAUUAAGUGGCUGUGACAUAGUUAAUACAUGGAGACCUCAAGUUUUGCAAAUGUCAGCCUUUUUUAUUCUAUUACAAUUUUUUUCAUAUAAAAUUUGUGAUGAUUUUUACAGAUAGUGUAUAAUUAAAUAUGUAGUCAUAAAUAAAUAAAUAAUAACUUUUUUAUUACUUUUCUGGUUACAAAGUUAUUUUUAAACUAAUUUUAUAGUUUUUAUUUUCCCAAUGGCAAUAAAUUGAACCUCAUGUGAACAAAAUGCUAUGUAUAAAGUUCAAUGAUUAAGUAAUGGCUGACUUUUGCAAAUGGGGGUUUUAGCAAAACAACAUUCUGUAGUUUUACUUUUGCGUUUUAUGUAUGAGUAUCAAUAUAAUGUGUAACUGUAAUAUUUAAUUAACGUGUAAUAUAUAUAGCUGUUAUGUAUAUAUAAUACUUUGCUGGCCGGUCCAGUAUUUUAGUGUUACACCCCUCCGGUAGAUAUAAAAAAGUGAAUUAAUUUUUAUCUUAUAUGUGUUUGUUUAAUUGUACCACAAGAUCCUUCAUUUGGUCUGUUUUUCUUGUUUCUAUCAUCUUAAUUAGCAGUAAUACAUACAUUCAUAGAAUAAUAUCCAACGUUUUUGUGUCUUAAUAAUUUGUUCCCUCAACACAUACAUUUCUAUAGAGGGUAGGAUUGGAUUGUGAUUUAAUAUUAUUUCAUUUAAAAUUGUUUAAAUUACAAUUUUAUACAACAGUGAGAAUUAGCUUUGGAAUAUUCAAAUUGAUAUGUAAAUAAAAAAUAAUAUCAUACAAUAAUUAAAAUAAGGUUCUUUGCUACACUGGUCAAUAUGCCAUUAUUCUGAAACUCGUAUGAAUACACAUGUUUUUAUGUUUUUUUUUAAACUCACUUUAACAGUCCAGCGUAGAAGAGCCCUUAUUCUUAUUAAUAUAGUAAUUGUAUUGGGAAGCUUUCUAAACUUGAUGUAGUGUAUCCUCAGUAUAUAUGUGUAUUGUAAUCUGUUGAUCUAUGACGCUAAAGUGAGAGUACAGAUAUAUUGAUGUAACUUGUAUUUUUAGACACUUUUUGAACAAAAUUAUUGUUUUCUGAUAACGAAGCUCAUAGAGAGAAAGUUUAUUAGGCUAUGCAACAAUCUGUGACAGUUUGAAUUUCAAUGUUUACACACAAGUAUCUGGAGUAACAUACAUACAUAUGAACAACAUGACCACAUAAAAGGAAUAAAUUAAUUUAAAGACAUAAACAACUUACUUAUAGGCAUCACUUUGAAUUUAUUGCUCAUUGAUUGACCCUAAUUUUUGUUUUUUCCAUUGGUUUAUAUUAUAAAUGAAUACUUACAUAGACAUGACCACCUGCAUCCAUAUUGUAAUAAGUAACCAAUUUGUAGUGUUUUUGUUAUUGAAUAUUAUGGUCUAUAAUGUUAUGCAGUGUUUAUGUCGGAAUUUUAAAUACAUUAUUCUUUUACCAGUAGAAAAAAUCUGCAUAUUAAGAUUUUGAAAAUACCUGCAUAAUAUGCCGUAUGUAAAUACAAAAGCAUAUGUUGUGUUCACAGAUUGAUGCAGUGCUUAUAAUGCGUUUCUACAAAAAAACCGCCAAUACAUUCAUUUGGCUUUGGUUUUAAUAAGUAUUAGAAGAAAAACUGCUAUUCACUGAGUGGUGAUCAAAGUUAUUGUGCGUGUUUUAAAUCCGUAGUUAUUAGUGGCUGUACUAGAUUCGCUUGUACACAAAUGUGGGUUUUGAACUUUGAUAUUGUGAUUGACUGACCUCUGUUGAGGAAAAUAAACUGAGAAAGACUAACAAUUAUUUUGUAACACACAUAGUUUUAUAAGGUUUCACGUUAUAUCACAUUAUAUAUAUAUAAUCAUCAUAUACUACUAUAUAAAACCCAGUGAUUAAACAGUUAUAGCAAUCAGAAGUGGGAUGCAACUUGGUUUGUCCCUUUUGGCACAAUUUACAGAACUGAACACUGAAAAAAUUUAAUAACAAGUCAGUUUAUUGAUUUUCUUUCUUAUUACUCCUCUUGAUCAGACUAAGCCUGUUUAAGAAUGAGAUAACUAUUGGUGCUGUUAUUGUCAAAAAAGUUUUAAGUGUCAGCGGAGUUUUCAUCAUGCCUUGCUUAGAUCCUAGUACCCUAGGAGUACUCAACUAACCAGAGACAAAUUGGAGUGUGUUAUUAUUGAACUUAGCUGGUUGUCAAUAUAAACGUAUUUAUUUGUUUUUUUGUAUGAUUCAUAACUCGGUUACAUUUUGACAGGAGGUCAGUCAAUCAUUUGUCAAUCACUAAGAUUAGCUUGACAUGCCAUUGUCAGUUUUACUUAAAAAUCUCUUUAGAAGUCAACAGUGAAGAAAUGUUGUAUGUAAUUUUAAAUGUUAUCUUAAAAAGUGGGGUUUAUAUCUAGCUAUGCGAGUCUGUCGUGGGGUCUCUGAUGGUUGGAAACACCGGUGCCAGUUGACUAUUCUGUAUCUAGCCGAACUUGUGUUGAAUUAAUAUAAUGUCGCCAUCUUUUUUUUUUGAAAUAAAAAGUCUAAAUGCCAAUGUGCUUCUGAUCCGGUGUUUCUGAUCACUCUGGGAGACGCACAGCUAUAAUAUGUUGCUACAAAUAAAAAAUUGUGAGCAUUUUCUCGGAACACACACCAUUAUAAUGUCGUUCGUGGGAAAAUACUCGCGACAAAAAAAGUAAUGGUUUUAACUAUGUCUAUACAUGUUUAUUUAGUAAGUAUCAUAUACUGUACAAAAGGCUGCAAUUUGGGAAAAAAUGUAAAAAAAAUUGGCCCCAUUUUUGGGGCCGUUAACAUACGCUUAGUAAAGUGGAUAGGAAGACGUGUUUACCUCAUAAGUCUCUGAUCGUAGAGUUAGUCGCCGCGCGCGUUCCGCCCGCGCGUCACUACCGCGCGUCCCGGCCGAACCCGUAGCCCGUGCUUCUUUCAUUUCCCGGAGGCGAGCGCAGGUACUUUGUUUUUCUUGUAAAUAUUGUGUAUUAAUAUUAUUUUUAAUUAGUUUAUGUGUAAUAUCCGCGGGAGGCUAGCGGCGCGCCGGCGGUCGAAACGCGCGCGGUUUUAUUGAAAAUUGCUGUAAAUUGUUUGUAAAAUAGUCAUGUUCAGAAUUUCAGUGUAGUUCUGUUGAUUAUUUUUCAAUCAGAAAUUGCUGAAUAAAGCGAUCCUGUUUCA